CCUCUCCUUACCAUCGACUUCAUUCACUUUUACUAGCUCUUGGGAAGGCGUGAAUUCUUCACCAGCGAUAGUCCGUGUUAUAAGACGAGACUCAAAGAGUUAUAACAACUUUCGCCCGGCUGGGUCAGAAACAUUUGCAUAACAUUUGGGGGUUGCGACUCUGACUGCACAUACGGACUACAACAACAUCCUCCCUAACAAACAAGGAUGAUGACCCAAGAGGACAUGGACUUUGAAAAUGACACUUAUGAAUACAUGGAAUAUGGGUAUUUGGAGGAGUCAAAAACUGAAGGUUAUACUCAGAGAGAAGCUCUUCACAUUAUAUCAGUGAUCAUCUACAGUCUGGCGUUUACUCUGGGUGUGAUUGGGAAUGGAAUGGUUAUCUGGUUGACUGCAUUCAAAAGCAAAAGAACUGUGAACAGCAUUUGGCUACAGAAUCUGGCCAUUGCCGACUUUGUGUUUGUGCUUUUCUUGCCGUUCUCCAUCGACUAUGUGCUGCGAGAUUUUCAUUGGCUCUUCGGAAAGCCAUUGUGCAAGUUAAACUCCUUUGUCUGCACCAUGAACAUGUAUGCCAGCGUGCUCUUUCUGACUGUCUUGAGUCUGGAUCGCUACGUCUCACUGGUCCACCUGAACUGGUCGGAAAAGUACCGCACCAUAUGGCGGGCCUGGUGGCUGUGUGCACUGAUUUGGAUCACUUCCUGCUGUUUAAGCUGUCCGACCCUGAUAUUCCGAGAUACAAUUCAACAUAAUGGGAAGAUUGUGUGUUUUAAUAACUUCCACGAUAAGAGCGGCCACAUUGUGGCAAUAAGACACAUUGCCAUGGUAUCACUGCGCACCGCCGUGGGCUUCCUCCUUCCAUUCUGCACCAUCACUGUAAGUGGCAUAUUAUUAGCUUUCAAGAUGCAGCAGUCAAACUCUGUACGUUUGUCCAGCUUCUCCAGAACGGUUUCUGCAGUAAUCCUCGCCUUCUUCUUGUGCUGGGUGCCAUUUCACACCUUUAGCCUGAUGGAAUUGACUAUGCAUCAUACCACUUACCUGCACUCAGUGCUCAUUGUGGGCUUUCCGCUUGCCACCAGCCUCGCCUUCUUCAAUAGCUGUGUGAACCCAAUCCUAUAUGUACUGCUAACCAAGAAGGUACGGAAACUUGUGAAGAGGUCGUGUUUGAACUUCACCAAGAGCUCGCUAAGAGAGCUGAGUCAGUCCAUAUCUGCUACUGAAUUAGACUCAGCACUGCCCAGCUGCUCUCCAGAAGAUCCCACUGCUAACUCAUCUGUCUGAUAAGAUCAGUAGUUUGCAAAACUACACUGCAUGGUUAGAAAUAUGUAGAUACCCCCAUCUAAUUUCAGGCCCCUUAAUUUCAAUAAAUACAAAUCUUAAUGCUAGCCAUACAAUGAUAUUCUAGAGCAGUGUUUCCCAUUUGUGGUCCUGGUAUAUCCCCAACAAUAAACUUCAUGACCCUGCUCACACCUGGUAUUAAAAUGCAUUUACCGAUUACAUAUGGUCAGGUGAGACACAUCGCUGUUUAUACCUGGACCACUUGUGUUCGGAUUUCAAGAGGAGGGUCUCUGAUUUCAAGAUGACGUGAAACUAUGUCAUUGUGUUGCUGCAUUAUAAUAAACUGCGAAAAAGUCAUAAAAGAUAAGGAAAGCACAAACAAAACUGGCUCACUGUUUCUCCCAGAUGCAGAUGAAAUGUAAUCUAAGUACAAUGCAUUAUAUUGAGCAGAAUUUACCAUUGUUUCAGUGGAAUACUUGUGUUAUUUGAGCUUCAGCUGAGCAUUCGCUGUAUUAAAGACACUAUCGUGCAUUUUUAUUUUAGAUAGUAAAUCAUACAGUUUAAUUUUGAAAGUUAAUUUACAUAAAUAAAUAAAUAUACAAAGGAGUGUAUUACUCGAGUAAACAAAAUGCAGUUUUCUUCACACUGAGAAAACUGCAAUGGAACGCCACUUCAUGUUGGACUUACAACUCGUGCGGAAAUCUUCAGCUCUGAUUUCGCUGAAAUGCAGGUGUGUCACGCAAGCAUGUCGGCACAGGGGGAGAUUUACAGUCAAUGAUAAACCUUCACGUUUAUUAAAUAAUAUGCAUUAAUGAGUCAAAAUUUCUACAUUAUAUGACAAUAAAACUUGUUUAGCAAACGUGUGCAGAGACAUUUACAUUUAUGCAUUUGGCUGACGCUUUUAUCCAAAGUGACUUACAGUGCCCUGAUUACAGGGACAAUCCCCCUGGAGCAACCUGGAGUUAAGUGCCUUGCUCAAGGACACAAUGGUGGUGGCUGUGGGGAUUGAACCAAUAACCUUCUGCUUAUCAGUUCAGUGCUUUAGUCCACUACACCACCACCACUCCCACAGACAAAUGUUCAAAAGUGGAUUAAACUUUCUUAUGAUUAUCGUAAACCUGUAGAACAAACAUUAGCACUGCAGCAUCGUUUAUCAGUUUGGUUGCUAUGAGACGUCCCUGUUGACAAUCAAGGUACCACUGAAAAUUACAACAUAAUCAAUCUCAAAAUUAAAAAUAAGGCCCCUCUUUGAUACGUAGUGUAUAGUUGUCAGGUAGUUGUAACUGAAUUUCGAAAGUCACUUCAAGCAUUUUCUUUUUCGAUCAUCGUUUUCAUUAUCGAUCAUUGCUGUCACUUCCGAGUACUUGACUCGUGCCCAUCCCUAGUAUAUUGGAUAAGCCGGUAAGAACAUUGGUAAAGAUGUUUAGAUGCAACACGAAAUUAGUUUAAUGGGCAAAAAUCUAGCUGUUUCGAUCAGUUUAUUUAUGACUUUACCCCGAUAAAGGAAAGCCUUUUAAGGCGUUUAAAUGACCACAGAGGUUGUCAGCUUAUUAAAGCAUAAUCAGUGUUAGAACAUGCAUGUAACCAUGCUUAUUGAUGCUCUUGUGUCUGAAUGAAAGAAAAUUCCCAUAGCCAUGUUUCAACAGUGGAAAACCUUCCCAGAAGAGUGGAGGUUGUUAAAGAAGCAAAGGGAGUACCAACUCCAUUUUAAUGCAGAUGGUAUUGAAAUAAAAUUUUCAAUAAUCAUGUAUAGGUGUGGUGUUCCAUAUUACUCAAGAAACUUUAGUAUGUAUUUAAUGUGUCACCUAUUUUAUAUAUAGGACAACUUAAUUAAAAAGGGUUUAUAGUUUCUCCUGUAACCGUUUAAAAGUACUUUUCUAUAUAUAAAAAAAGUAUUUCUGAAAAUCUCUAUAAACUAUAGCUGACAAAGUAAUAAAGUAGUAAAAAUAAUAUACAAUAUUUUUAGCUGUGUUUGAAAGAAUGUUGUUUGGAAAAGUUCAUUUUACAUAUUUUGUCAUUUGGAUAUAACUGAAUUAAUAAACUUAGUAACAAACUU